AUGGUCAAGAUGGGUUUGAAACCCGACCCGGCUACUCCUCACCCGACCCAGAAUAAUGCCAAGGAGAUUCGUUACAGAGGCGUUAGGAAGCGUCCUUGGGGCCGUUACGCCGCCGAGAUCCGAGAUCCAGGGAAGAAAACUCGCGUCUGGCUUGGUACUUUCGAUACAGCUGAGGAGGCGGCGCGUGCUUACGAUGCGGCGGCGCGUGAUUUUCGUGGAGCCAAGGCUAAGACUAAUUUCCCGACUUUUCUCGAGCUGACUGAGAAGGUGCCUGUCGGCGGCGGCGGCGGCGGUUUCGCUCGCAGCCCUAGCGAGAGCAGCACGCUCGACUGCGCGUCUCCUCCGACGGCGGUUGCGACGGUGACGACUAAUAACAUUCCGCCUCAGCUCGAGCUUAGCCUCGGCGGCGGCGCGUGCUAUCAAAUCCCUAUGGCGCGUCCUGUCUACUAUUUGGACCUAAUGGGAAUCGGGAACGGUGGUCGUGGCCAGCCUCCGGUUACGUCGGCGUUUAGGUCGUCGGUUGUGCAUGUGGCGACGAAGACGGCUUGUGCACAGAGCGACUCUGAUUCGUCGUCAGUCGUCGAUUUCGAAGGUGGGAUGGAGAAGAGAUCUCAGCCGUUAGAUCUGGAUCUAAACUUGCCUCCUCCAUCGGAACAGGCUUGA